AUCUCAUAUUCCCUUUUUGAAAUUUCGAUACCAACAUUGCCAUCAAGGUCUCGCUCAGAUUUCAAUUUUUGAAAAGUUCCCUCCAUAUACCUAACCCUCGUCUCUCCCUCCUCUCCAAAACCCUAACCCUAGAUUCUUCCGCGGUUAGGGUUUCCCUCAUUUCCUCCAAUCUGACUCGCUACCCUGCUCGAUUCUUGCUUCGGAGUCUUCGAAUUGCAGAAAGACUCGGGAAAUUUUGAAUCUUUCCGACCCAAUUUGCCGGGUCCGGGCCUCUGUUCUGUGAUUAUAUGAUUCUGUUGGAGAAGGCGGCGCCGGAGAGAUGCGGCGGUGAAGGGUUUUUUUCGGGUUACGAUGCGGGUUUUAGAAUAGGCUGAAUUUGAUAUGAGGGUUUGAAUAUGAGCCAUGGAGAUGGUGAAAGUAGCAGAGUAAAUGAUUCUGGUAGCAGCGGCGGCGACGCGCCAAGAAGACCAGCACAGCAGUCGGGAGGCGGUGGCGAUGAGUUUGGCCGGGCGGUUUCGAGGGUUGCGGUGGCGCAGAUAUGCGAGGGGGUCGGGUUCUUGGGCUGCAAGGAGUCGGCCUUGGACUCCCUGGCCGACAUUGCCAUCAGAUACCUCCGUGACUUAGGAAAGAUGGCGGAUUAUUGCGCUAACUUGGCCGGUAGGACUGAGUCUAAUGUGUUUGAUAUUAUUAGAGGGUUGGAGGAUUUGGAGUCUUUGCAAGGGUUUUCGGGUGCCGGAGAGGUGGGGCAUUGUCUGGCGGGGUCGGGGACGAUGAAGGGGGUUGUGGAGUAUGUAGGGACUGCGGAGGAGAUACCGUUUGCUCAGCCAUUGCCGAGGUUUCCGGUGGGGAAGGAUAGGAAGUUGAUUCCGAGUUUUGAGCAGAUGGGGGAGGCUCCACCGGGGAAGCAUUUGCCGAAUUGGCUGCCGGCAUUCCCUGAUCCGCAUACGUAUGUUCAUUCGCCAAUGUGGAAUGAGAGGAAGACGGAUCCUAGGGAAGAUAAGAUUGAGCAAGCCAGGCAGCGGAGGAAGGCGGAGAGAUCUUUGUUGAGUCUGCAGCAGAGGUUGCUCUGCAAUGGCUUGGCUCCUGGUGGGGCUUCGACUUCUGUUGUGGAGGUGGGUAAUGAUGGGAAGGGAUUGCAUUUACAAGGGAGUGAGAGUAAUCCCUUCCUUGAACCACCUCUCCAGCCAGGUGAGAAAGAUGUGUCUCCAAUUGUGUUGCCAUCAAAGCUUUCAGGUGGUGAAGUGGCCAAAGGGAACAGUUCUUCAGUUUUCGAGGCGUUUGCACCUGCCAUUAGUGCAGUGAAAAAUGGGGUAUGGAUGGAUGGGGAGGGUGAGGGAGAGGAAGAGAAGAAGCUGCUUCCGAAUUCAAGGCCCCCUGUUCAUUUGAAUUUCAGACCCGUGAAGAAGUUUCUUGGCGAAUCAUCGGAUUUGAGCCUCCAAAAGAAGGGUUUAAGGAGACCAGCCACUUGGGUUUUGCGAGAUGAAGAGAGGGAUGACAAGAAGAGGAGAGCCGAGUUUAUUCUUACACAAUCCAUGGAAAACCCACAGGAGCUGAACCAGGCAUAGAUUAAUCCGUUUACAGGAAUUGUCAAUGGAAGCUCUGCCACAAAGAAUGUGGCGCAUUGCCAGCAGGGCGGUCGGUUCUGAGAGUAGAGGAAGGAAUCGUUGCUAUAGAUGCUCAGAGUAGAAGAGUAGCUGUGGGACUAUGGACCUUCAAAUUAGAGGAGAAUUGGGACUGGAUGCUCAGAGUAGAAGAGGAUUGUACUGUGUUGUUCUAGUAUGGAUAAUGAGAUGUAGUGACUAGUUGUAGUCAGUCCCACUCUAACAAUUUUUCUUAGAUUAUGUGGAUGUUGCUUUUUCUUUUCAUUACAUGUUAGCCUUUUGCUAUUUUUGGGCAGCACUUGAAAUUGUAUCACAUUGAACGAAUUCAAUUAUUCUUGAGUUU